AUGUGUUGGGUCCCUAGUCAUCAGGGCAUCGCAGGCAAUGAGAGGGCAGACGAGGUCGCAAAGAAGGGACAUACUCUUGGUCAAACCAUCAAUAUGACAGUACCACACACUGACUUCUUUGAGAACAUAAAAACUGCAUCCAUGAAGGAAUGGCAGGAAGAAUACCUUGUGGACAAUCAGACCAAAGGAAGGCUUUAUUUUGAAUUGCUCAAUAGGACAGUGAAGAGCACCCCAUGGUUUACAGAACUAGUCUCCUCGCAAAUUGGAAAUUUGGUGCGUUACGUAAGCAGAAUGGCUUUGUUGAGAAGGUUGGGGGUUUUGUUCAAGCAGCAAGUGAGAUACGCGGGUUACGAUGACACCAUACCGAAUCUGAUGGUGAAGAAGGAAACCAAAGUUCUUUGCCAAGGAAUCACUGGCAAACAUGCAACCCUUCACGUUAAACUGGCGGUGGAAUACGGAACGAACAUGGUUGGAGGCGUGACUCCAGGUAAAGGAGGAAAGAAGCAUCUGGAUCUUCCAGUCUUCAACACCGUGAAAGAGGCGAAACAGGCUACGAACUGCGAAGCUUCCGUCAUUUACGUGCCUCCGGUGAAGGCUGGAGCUGCCAUCCAGGAGGCUAUAGAAGCGGAAAUCGGUUUGAUCGUCUGCAUCAGCGAAGGUAUUCCUCAACACGAUAUGGUGAAGAUCAAGCAUGGAUUGCUGAGGCAAGGAAAAUCUCGUUUGAUUGGACCCAACUGCGCUGGAUUGAUUGCUCCUGAUCAAUGCAAGAUCGGCGUCAUGCCUGGAUCAAUCCACAAGAAGGGAUGUAUUGGUAUCAUCUCCAGAUCGGGUACUCUCACCUACGAAGCUGUGCAACAAACGACGGACGUUGGUUUAGGGCAAACCCUAUGCUUGGGUAUCGGUGGUGAUCCUUUCAAUGGGACAAAUUUCGUGGAUGGAAUUAGGCUGUUCUUGCAGGAUGCCAACACCAAAGGUAUUGUCAUAAUUGGAGAGAUUGGUGGUGGCGAGGAGGAGAAGGCAGCUGCCUAUUUGAAAAAGAAUAACUCGGGGAAAGGUUCGAAGCCUGUGGUGGCGUACGUUGCAGGUCUUUACGCUCCUCCAGGUCGUAGGAUGGGACACGCUGGAGCCAUUGUAUCAGGAGGUCAAGGCAAGGCUGUAGACAAGAUCAGAACCUUGACAGCUGCAGGAGUCACCUGUCCUAAAUCACCAAACGAUAUUGGUAGCACCAUGUUGAACGAAAUGAAGAAACGCUUUUUGAUUUGA